AUGAGCUCGCAGCGCUACUCACGGGUUAACGCCCAUGAUGAAGAGGAUGGACCACAUUCCUAUCCGCUGAACGCGCGAACCGAUCCCAACUCAUCUCCGCCACCCUCUUUCCGCUCCAGAUCCCGAUCUUCCUCGCCGUCUUCCCGACGGCUUUUACACAACGACCCGCUACAUAAUAAUGAGGAGCAAACCUUGGCCGAUGCUUUCGGCGACGAGGAUGAAUCCGACGAUGAUAAUGAGCCAGAUGACCGGCAGCGCUUGAUGCGAGCUGACAUCGACUCCCGGGGUCCCGUGGAUAACCCCCAGACGGCCAGUUCGUCAUCAUCGGUGUCUAGAAGCGAUUCACAGGACCAGAGCCGAUCAGGAAUCAUACGGAGGCCUACUAUGCUGCCGAAUUUCUCAACGCCCGGUAGCCGGCAGAUUGCCUCAUCUAAUGAUGGAGUCUUUGCCAAUCUAAAUGCUAAGCCUGAACGGGGUGAGAAGAGCGAAGAUCUUCCUCCUUCAUAUGAGGAAGCAGCCGCCGACGCCACACCUCCGUACUGGGAGACCACCAUUGUGGCACCUGGUAUCUCAUCCGACGAAGUCUACGUUGACGGACUUCCAGUUGGAUCUGUAUUCUCCUUCGUUUGGAAUGCCAUGAUCUCCAUGUCCUUCCAGCUGGUUGGUUUCUUAUUAACCUAUCUGCUUCACACCACCCAUGCCGCAAAGAACGGCAGCCGAGCGGGCCUCGGUCUCACUCUCGUUCAAUACGGAUUUUACAUGAAAGGCGGCAGUGACGGUUCGGGUUCGGACGGCAGUGGCUCAGAUCAAUAUGUCCCUCCUCCAGACCCCAACAGCCACAGCUUCGAUCCGAACUCCGUUGGUGAGAGUGGCGGCGAUGGAGGGAGCGGUGCUAUCUCUGGCAUCACAACGAGUGAAUGGAUCUCAUAUAUUCUCAUGAUCGUGGGAUGGUUCAUUUUGAUUCGCGCAGUCAGUGAUUUCCUGCGAGCACGACGUCAUGAACAGCUUGUGCUGCAGAGUCCAGAUCGCGGUCUCGGUGUGCCAGUGAUUGCGGAAGGCGAGCGGUCCGAGACUGUUGUCUAA